GUCGGAGCUGGAUGCAGCUCUGUGGUAUGGCGUUGCGUAGACAAGACUACCGGCAAAGACUUGGCGAUGAAAGAGAUUUCCAUGCACACGGACAAAAAUGACAAGCAGACGGUGCUGCGCGAGGUUCUUCGGAUGUAUGGCAUAGGAACGCAUCACCCCAACCUGGUCUCAUGCUAUGAGGUCUUCUAUGCUGAGGGUUGCUUCCUUGUGGUCAUGGAGCUCAUGGACAGAGGCUCGCUGCGGGAUCAUCUCAAAAGGCAGAGGAACUCAGGCAGGGAGGUCCCGGGGCGAGUGAUGGCAGCGGUUGCCUGCGACGUCCUCUCGAGCCUCGAGUUCUUGCACGGCACGCUGGGGCUGAUACACAGGGAUGUCAAGCCAGGGAACAUUCUCAUCUCGUCCGCAGGAGGAGUCAAACUAGGAGACCUCGGUAUCUGUUCGACCGUGCAGCAAGUCCUGGCAAUGGAGCCCCCGACCUCUAGCGGGGAGGGCACAUGUGAAGACGAGAGAUGGAUAGGAACGUUGGCGUACAUGUCCCCUGAGAGGUUGGUAGGCGACAGAUACAGUCAGAAGGCUGACGUAUGGAGCCUCGGCAUUGUCGUUGCUGAAGCAGCCAUGGGAAGGUUUCCCUUGUCGUUCCCGGGGGAGAAGUGCCUUCACUUCUGGGACCUGCUAGACUUCGCCACAUCUGGUGCAUGCCCCUCUACGCAGAUUCGGUCAGACGAGCCAGCCAUGGCUGAGUUCAUAUCUAAGUGCUUGUCUCGAGAUGCUUCUUGCCGGCCCGAGGCCCACGAGCUCAGGGGGCAUGCAUGGCUG